AGCGCCACAUGUAGCUUUAACCCUGUAGAGGUUGUAUUUGUUGGAGAGGUGGAAUGGGCUGUUCCUGUUAUAGCAAAAAGGGAUAUAAGGCGGGUGCGCGACGCAAUUGCAUCUUGCAAAGCGAGUGGUCCCUGCAGUCAUCUCUCUCCAGUGGAAAGUCCGGUCCUUAACGAACCAAAAAAAGCGAAGCGGAAGGCCAAUUAAGCGUCAGCUAUGGAAUACUGGGGCGUCUGCUUGAAGUUCCGCCCCGACUACUUCCAGUUCAUUGUGCCCGAUGUGCCUGGCGGUGCGGUAGUCGGUGUCAGCUAUGAGGAGGCAUCGAGCGAGAUUCACGAGCAGAUAGAGGCGGUCCUCCCGGACUUGGCUGAGACCACCGGACUGCCAAAGCCUUCGGGGCGCGACAAGGCUCUUGAGCUGGCGCUUCAGGCUAUUGAGGAUUGCCGAGCCGAGUUCCCUGGCAGCUACAACGAGGAACCCGUAGAGACCACGCUGGCGCUGGUGAAGGUCAACACGGUGCAAAAGCGUUGCAAGCUGGGCCUUCGAAGCUGCAAGCGCAGCUGCCUCAGCGUGGCCUCAGCGUCCUCUUCGGACUGAUAAGCCAUGGCGGCAUGUGGGAUAAGCGGUCGUGUGCUGAAGGCGUUGCCUUGCAAACGCAAAUGAGUGGAUAUGCCUGGAAAGCAGCAAUCGGUGUGUCCAAGAAGGGUGAGUCGACUGCAGUGGUUGGACAGGGGCAGAUGGGUAUAGAUUCGGAUGACGAUGCAGAUGGGACAGUUACUCGUAGUCGCAAGGAUCGCGUUGUACAUACGGUUUCGCAUAGUGGGCAUAGGGUUGUCCCUGCUUGCGACUACUGGUCGCUAUUAGAGGAAGGCAAGACCGACACGUGUAGCAAUGGUAAUACUGGUAGGGGCUUGUGUGUCGGGGAAGCCAAUUGCUCCCCCACAGUAUGCUAGCGCAUCAUGCAUGUGUUCAAUCCGUGGUGGCCAAGGGCCAUGAUGUUAUCAACUACCGGUAGAUUGCAUGAGAGGUUUGGAUGUGUCCGUACUGUACACACUAGUGUAUGGCAAACAGCUGCACGUGUGUCUUUACGACAGGUGUUCAAAUGGCGGCCAUGGUAGCAGACAAGAGCGUAUCUUUCUUUUUGGGUUGAUGCCAACCAGGCAUACUUGCGU